ACACCUAUCAGUCGGCUGACGACCGUCCGAGCGGACAGUCGCUCUUGAAGCGAGUCUCGUGUCUCGUACGACCCUCCGAGACCCUUCGAAUUCGAAUCGUUUUCCUUCAUCAGUGUUCUCAAUGAAACUUUACUUUUUAACAAUUUUUCGUCAUCGAGCAAGUAUUGGUAAAAAAUAUUCAGCUGGUUCUCGUGUGCGCGUCGAACGAGUGAAAGUUUCGGAAUAAAAUCCAUCGUCCGCGAAGUUUCUCGUGUUCUUCUAUCAGCGACGAGUUAAUUUCAUUAUUAAACGUAUCUUUUAUUUACACGUUGAAAUUGAAAAUCGAUGGUACGACGUAAAAAGGAUUGAGAUUCGUCAGGGAAGUUUUUGUUUCUGAAACAUAGAUCUAUCUCGCGAUGAAAAACAUUGAAAAUUUCAGAGUACACGAAGCUGCUAUUACGGUGUAAAUACGUUGUUUUUGUUUUCGGUAUUUGGUAGCUGGCGAACGCGUGUCUCAGAGUGGUUCAUUAGGUACAUAUAGACCGCGUGCUCGAAAGGACGUUUAAGCUGUUCAGACGGGAACAACUUUUGUUUUCUUCUUCUUCUGCUUCUUCUACUUCUUCUUCGAGUCUCUUGUAACGUUCCUCGGGAUUUAACGAUCGAAGAUUGUACGUUUUCGCGUCUGUGCAACGAAACCGAUAGUAUUCUGGUCGAUGCUUAUUGUAAAUUCCUUAUCAUCGUUUCACGUAAUAUCGUCGUUGUCGUUACGGUAUCUCGUUUUCGGGAUAUUCGCGAAUGUGGCAGAGUGAUCGGUGAAAAAUAAAAAAAAAAGGAAAGAUCGUUCUGGGUGACGAUAAAUGCGUCGAAAGCGGGGAUCGUGGUCGAUAAAUGUAAGUGGCAGGAGAGGAAGAGGAAGAAAGAUUCGUCUUGUUUAAGAAACCUAUGUAAGUGAAGUGCCGAUCUAAUUUGACCUAACCUCCUUCCUUUCUCUCUCUCUGUCUCUUCCCAUUUUUGAUCUUAUUGCCUCCUAUGGUUUCUGCUCGUUCUUUGAUCGAACGAGUCCCGUGAAUUUUCGAAAAUCGUCCGCGAACUCGAGAUCCAACAUGGCAUCGUCCGACAACGAGGGAGGACAAGACUAUGGUCUGGGAUACCAGAAUACUUUGAUGUAUGGUCGCUACACGAAGGACCUGGGUGAGUACGCAAAAGAAGAGGCACGAAAACUCAAGUACCACGAAAAGGCUCGACGAAAAUAUGAUAAGACCAGAGAGGAGGAUUUACGGAAGUCGAGAAGAGGACCAUUGUGCCGGAAGCUGGUGGCAUUACUGGCGUUCGCCUGGAAACACACUGGAGCUAGAUUAGGCGAAGAUUGGGUCUUCUUGGCACUUCUCGGUGUUAUCAUGGCGCUUAUCAGUUACGCCAUGGAUCGUGGGAUUUCUAUGUGCAAUAACGCCAGGAUAUGGCUUUAUCAGGACCUGACGCAUCAUCCGGCACUUCAGUAUCUCGCCUGGGUGUCCUUGCCAGUUUGUCUGAUCCUCUUCAGCGCUGGUUUCGUCCAUAUUGUUGCACCUCAGAGCAUAGGAUCCGGGAUUCCAGAGAUGAAGACCAUCCUACGUGGAGUCGCGUUAAAGGAGUACCUCACUUUUCGUACUCUAGUCGCCAAGGUGAUAGGUUUGACCGCCACCCUCGGCUCCGGCUUGCCCCUGGGCAAAGAGGGUCCUUUCGUGCAUAUCGCCAGUAUCGUAGCGACCCUUCUCUCGAAAUUGGUCACCAGCUUUCAAGGGAUCUACGAGAAUGAGAGCAGAAACUGCGAAAUGCUCGCGGCAGCUUGCGCGGUCGGGGUGGCUGCGUGUUUCGCGGCUCCCAUCGGAGGUGUUCUCUUCAGCAUCGAGGUCACCACCGUCUAUUUCGCCGUACGAAAUUAUUGGCGAGGUUUCUUCGCCGCUGUAUGCGGCGCCACGAUGUUUCGAUUGCUGGCGAUCUGGUUUCAAAGGGAAGAAACCAUCACCGCGAUGUUCGCUACGAAUUUCACCAUGGAUUUUCCCUUCGAUCCUCAAGAACUGUUCGUAUUUGCUUUGAUCGGCGUUGGCAGCGGUCUAUGUGGUGCUUUUUACGUCUGGUUACACAGACAGUAUGUCAUCUUCAUGAGGAAGAACAAGAGUAUGAACAGCUUUCUGCAGAAAAAUCGUUUUCUCUACCCUGGAAUCGUUUCUCUCUUGGUCUCGUCCAUAUCCUUUCCGUUGGGACUAGGCCAAUUCAUGGCUGGUGAUUUGAACACCCAUGACCAAGUGUACGGUUUGUUUACCAAUUUCACCUGGACCAAAGAAGAACUAGGCGUCGAAGAGAUGAACAUAGUAAAACACUGGUCCACGGCGUACACCGACGUGUUCAUUGGACUGCUUGGCUUUGGUACCUUCACGUUCAUCUUUUCUAUCAUAAGCUCGACGGUUCCCGUGCCUUCGGGAAUCUUCAUCCCCGUGUUUAAAAUCGGCGCUGCGCUAGGCAGAGCCGUGGGAGAGGCUAUGGCUCUAUGGUUCCCCACCGGUGUUCGUUACGGUGGUAUCAUAACUCCUAUCGUACCAGGAGGUUACGCUACCGUCGGUGCAGCUGCAUUUUCCGGUGCAGUGACUCACACCAUCUCCGUCAGCGUUAUCGUAUUCGAGAUGACCGGUCAGAUAACGCACAUCGUGCCGAUUAUGAUCGCUGUGCUGAUCAGUAACGCUAUCGCCGCUCUUCUUCAACCCAGCAUAUACGAUAGCAUCAUUCUGAUCAAGAAACUACCAUACCUGCCGGAUCUACUGCCAUCUAGUUCAGGAAUGUACAACGUUUACGUGGAAGACUUCAUGGUACGCGGCGUGAAGUACAUCUGGCAUGGAAUUACAUAUCAGAAAUUGAAGGAAAUUCUAAAGGAAAACCGCAAACUACGUGGUUUCCCUCUGGUUGACAAUCCAGAUUCGAUGAUUCUCCUCGGGUCCAUUCAAAGGCUGGAAUUAAUCAAAUUGAUCGAGAAACAUAUUGGCCGCGAGCGAAGGUUACAGGUGGCCCAAAAAUGGCACAAAGAAGCCGAGGAAAGAGCUCGAGAAGAAAUGGAACGUCAAUUGAGGGAUCAAGAGAGAACAAGGAGACCAUCGCGGUUCGAAGUGAUUCCAGCACCGGAUAUCCUGAAAAUGCAAAGACAAAGCGCGAACGAUCUAACGAUGUCUCCAAAUAAUGGCACGGCUUCUGACCACCACACUUACCAUUCUCCGGUAUUUGGCUCGCAACCGAAGAAGUCAAUCCUGAAGAAAACCAACUCUUUCACGUUGAAAGGAUUCAGUCCGUUGGUCAGUCCAGCUGUUACUCCGUACACAACCGUCACCGGCGCGGAGAGCAGGAUACGUUUGGCCUUCGAAGCGAUCUUCCGCAAGUCUGCCACCUUACAGGACGUAGAUCCUGAUCCGGAAUUAGGUUCCGGAACUGGUACCAGGCGCGAUAGUCAAGAGGUAGCACCCCAUACACCCAUGUUAGCACCCAGUCCAGCCACCUCGAAGAAAGUACAAUUGCCCCGGGAAAGAGUGAUAGACAUGUCAGCGGAGGAUCAGAAACGAUGGGAAGAAAGCGAAAUGGCGUUGGAAGUUGAUUUCUCUAGGUGUCACAUCGAUCCGGCACCCUUUCAACUGGUCGAAAGGACGUCUCUGUUGAAGGUGCACAGUCUGUUCAGUAUGGUCGGCGUGAAUCACGCCUAUGUAACAGCCAUUGGAAGGCUAGUCGGGGUUGUCGGGCUGAAAGAGCUAAGGAAAGCGAUAGAGGACGCGAACGCUGGAAUCUUGCCUAUGCACACGGAGUCACACAUCGGCGUCUCGACGUCCAGCAUCGCGAAAAGCGAGACGGACACGGAGAGCAAGAACGCUAGCACGAUGAACUCUAUAGCUUCCGUCGAUUGUGAGAAAGUUGAGAAAGUCUGAAUGUUGAAAGGAAAGAAAGAGAGAAAGAUAGAGGGGGGAGAAAGAUAAGCUAGAAAGAUAAGUAAAAACAAAAAUGUGAUAGUCGUGUUGUGAGACGCGCGACGCGGCCUGUGAACGAUGCGAUAGACAGACGAGUUUCUUUUAACUAAAAUUAUUCCCUUUCUUCCUUCCACGAUCGUGACUCUAUUAACGAAACCACGAGCAACAAGUCGAUCGUAAACGCUUACAUAACUAAUAAUCGCUUUUAAACUUUUCUCGUACUUAAAAUCUCGGGACAAGAUUAUCGCCAACACUUUGAAGGUUUCAGAAACGUAUACGGUAUAUAGCUUAAAAAUUCUUGUAGAAUCUACAUUGUCGAUCAGUGAGUGACGAGCAAUAAUCUUUCGCUUUUUAUCUAUCAAAUAUGCUCGUCAUCGUUGUAGAUGAUUCGACAGGUUGCUCUUGAUCUUUUGUCGGAAGGAAGCUCUCGGUACCGAAGAUUUACAUCAGGGUUUAAUCAAGUUGUUCUUUACCAAUUUAGCUGGUCUUUUAUCUAAUUCACUGUAUUCCUUGUAAUAUAAUAGAAUUAUUAUAGAGAGUUACCAGGUACGAAUGUACGAGUCUCGAAUGAUUGUUUUAACAGAUGUUUGAUUUCGUGAUAUCAGUGCUCAAACAGGAUUAUCCAUGAAGAGCAUGGACUCGAAUCCUACGUAGAACGUCGAAGCUUCUCGUUAAUAACAUACAUGGUGCUCCGAAAUAACUUUUCAACGAGUUCGCUUCGCGUUCGUAAAGGAAUAUGCUGUGAAUCGUGCGACUGUUGUAUCCGUUUAGACAAUCCAAUCAUAAAUCGUGAUCGAUAAUGUAUUAUAUUAUAGGACAAGGCGAUAUAGUCAGCGACCUUGACAAGCGUGAUUUAUUCUAAUGUAAUUAAUUUAAGGAAGAAUCGCGGAUGAUGUUGAUUCACGUUGAAUAGUCUUUUUUGUAGUGUGUAAAAUUCAUCUGACCAUGGUUGUGCCAACCUAUUUAUUCUAAUCGUUAAUUGUUGUUAAUUGGGCGUGAAAGUUAAUGAUGUUGUUAAUGAGAGAGAGAGAGAGAGAGAGAGAGAGAGAGGAGAUAGGAAUACGUUAAAUGGAAUUUUGAUAUAUAUCUCUCAUGGUAGAAAUUGGAUGAGAGGACAUAUCAUAUUCUGAUAGACAACUAUUUUAAUUUCGAGAUAGCAUCAUUGAAAAUGAUGUCUUAAUUAAUCAUUCUAAAGUUAUUCUAGGACCAGAAGUGGAUAAUACCGUUCUGUUCGACGGUGGAUCGGUUAUCUGCGAGUAUACUAGUUUAAGUAAAAGUUCAUAGGGCAUUUUACAUUCCAUCCGACGUUAUAGUUUCACGAUGCAUCCCAUUUUACUGUAAAUUAAUUCUGUGUUUAUCGCGCUUUAUCCAUGCUCUAGCGUGACCAAUUAUCACCAAGUACACAGUUGUACAAUCGGGAGACGACAUUAAAUAAUUUAUUAUAUUAUUUACAAUA